CGCUCCCCCUGAUUCCAAGCUUCCCGAGCUGCUGACGUCAGCUGGCAGCCUGGGCUGUACUCGCGGCUCUGGACAUAGCGCCGAGAAAAUGCUGCUCUCCGUACCGCCAAGGGCAGGGAUCAAUCCAUACAUCGGCUAUAACAGCAGAAACAGCAAAAAGCAGUCAUAUGUGUCCUCCGGCCACCAGAUGGCACCCCCCAGUCCCAACAGCAGCAGCAACAGCAGUGUCGGGGGAGGGGAACAGCUGAGUAAAACUAACCUGUACAUCCGCGGUCUUCACCCCGGGACCACAGACCAGGACCUGGUCAAGCUAUGCCAGCCGUAUGGGAAGAUUGUUUCCACCAAGGCCAUCUUGGACAAAACCACCAACAAGUGCAAAGGCUAUGGCUUUGUGGACUUUGACAGUCCGACAGCGGCCCAGAAAGCAGUGACCGCCCUGAAGUCCAGUGGUGCCCAGGCUCAGAUGGCCAAGCAACAGGAGCAGGAUCCCACCAACCUGUACAUUUCCAACCUGCCUGUGUCCAUGGACGAGCAGGAGCUGGAGAGCAUGCUCAAGUCCUUCGGCCAGGUCAUCUCCACACGCAUCCUCCGCGAUGCCAACGGGACCAGCCGUGGCGUUGGCUUCGCCAGGAUGGAGUCCACAGAAAGGUGUGAAGCCAUUAUUCAAAAUUUUAAUGGCAAAUUCAUUAAGACUCCACCGGGAGUUCCAGUGCCCCCGGAACCAUUAUUGUGCAAGUUUGCAGACGGGGGACAGAAAAAGAGGCAGAACCAGGGGAAGUACAUUCAGAAUGGCAGGCCCUGGGCCAGGGAUGGAGAGAUGGGAGGGAUGACGCUAGCAUAUGACCCCACAGCCUUACAGAAUGGGUUCUAUUCGUCACCCUACAGUCUGACCCCAAACCGGAUGAUCGCCCAGACGUCCCUCUCUCCCUACAUGCAUUCACCCGUCUCAUCCUUCCAGCUACAUAGUCCCUCCUGGAUGCACCACCAGUCGUACCUCAUGCAGCCUGCAGGCACAGUCCUGACUCCGACCAUGGACCAUGCCAUGUCUAUCCAGCCCACCUCCAUGAUGGGCACCAUGACCCAGCAGCUCAGCCACCUAUCCCUGGGCAGCACGGGCACGUUUAUGCCUGCCAACACAACUAUGCAGGGGACAUACAUACCCCAGUACCAACCAGUGCCUCCCUCCAGUGUCCCUGUAGAGGAGAACGGAGGACAACAGCAACAGGUUGCUAUGGAGACACCUGCAGAACACACAAACUACUCAUACCAGCACACCAAGUGAAGCUAAGCUCGUGGUCAGGAGGCCAUGUUGCAGACUGAACCGCAGAGAGUUGGUUCUCUACAGGAGGAUAGCAGAGCUCCGCACAACAACACCAAGCAUCGGACUUGAACACGGAUGAAAAAAGGAACACGUGUGUGCUUUGAAAAAGAAGACAAUGCUUAUUUCGUUGGGACUUUUCCUCUCUCUUCUUCAAGAGUCUAUCAACCAUAGGUGGGAGCCUUCUGCAAUGGAAGCUUUGAUCUCUUUUAAUAACUGAAAAAAAGUAAAUAAACAAAGAAGUUUAACAAAGAAACAAAUUAGGAAAGGGAUAAAGACAGAGCGUUAUUUUUGGGCAUGUAAUAUAACAAAUUCUUCUUUUUUAUUUUAAAGCAUUCUGGAGUUUCAGAGUUAUACAAGGAAAAGAGUAACAACACAAUGUGUCUUUAAUUUUUGGAUAAAAUAUGCAAACAUUAAUUUUAAUUGUUUUAUGUCUAUUUUUGGACAUUCUAUUCACAGCAGUUGGACAAUGUUUUGUACAGAUUUUAAAAAGUAAAUAAACACAUUUAGUUGGUAUAAUAUUUCUAGUAUAGGCUACUUUUAAGAAUGGAAAAUGCUAAACAAACCGUUUAAAGCUACUUCUCCCUAAAACUGAUCCAGUAAGGCAAAACUCAGUUAACUCACUGGCAGAUGGUAACAUUCAUUAUUUAUAAAUUAUUUAAAAUAAUGUCAAACUUAAACCUUAUUAAGCAUUCCCUCAUAAACACUCCGAAUGUGUUAUGAGCAGAGGACAAUCAUGAUCAUUCUUAUUUAUAUGUACAUCAUAGUUCUAUUUUCGGAUAUUUGGAAAUAUUCAAACAUGUCACUUGCAUAUUGUGUAGAUUUUAUUUAAUGAAAUUCUUUAUUUAACAAGUCCGGUAAAAGCCAAACACUGGCAAUAAACAUAUUAUCACUUAUAAAAAAUUCAUAGGAGCUAAAUGAUAUAAAAAAGUAAGAAAAUCUGAUAUUGCUGUAAAACUUUGUUAUGAGAAGAAAAUUAACUAAUGUUUAUUUUGUUUAUAAUGUAAUAUGACACAUCCAAAUUUCACCUUCUAUUUAAAAAAACUUGAGACAAAAUGGAUUGUCUGAAAGUUACAAUAGUAUUUUCAACAUUGAAUAAAUGAUUACUAUUACUAUACAAUACAAUAACAAGGUCCUCUCUCUACCUUCAAAGGUAAAGUAAGACAGUGCAUAAAAUGCAAACUCUUUUGACAUUAUUACCUACAUUUAUUAACUGCAACUAUGCUUGAAUUCAUAGAUAAUAUAAUAAAUAUUAUACAAAGUAGUUGACCUGGUUUGCGUGUUGGGUGCUAGUGUCCAUGUCACAACAGUGUCCAUGUCACAACAGUGUCCAUAAGAAGUGGUUUUAAGCGGUUUUGUUCUGGUAGCUGUUCAGAUGUCCAUAGUGAAUUUCACCUUUUGUACAAAGUAGACAGACAAAUAAUUGUACAUGCCUUAGAUUUGAGCAGUUGGAUUACUAUGAAAUAUGUGUACAAAGAGCGCAAAAUAGCUAAAACAAAUAAAUUAAAAAGUAAAACAAUGAGGGGAGUUAAAAGUAGGACUGAGAAGAGUCCUUAAUAACAGUCCUUUGUUGUUGAGAAAGGGAGCUGCAAGUCUUUCUCAAUGCUGCUGUUGUCUCCUGAAUUUUAAUUCCUGACUGUCAAUGAUUUUGGUUUUAAUUUUUUGUAGAAAGAAGUAAAGUAUGUUUUCUCUUUUUGGGCUUUCACUUGAACCCUUCUGAGCUGUCAUGCGUUUUGUUGUUGUUGUUUUUCUAAAACAUGUUUUUUAUAAAUUUAUUUUCAGUAAUCUAGAUUUUAGAAGUAGGGAAAGAUCUUUCCAAGAGUUUUAGAUGGAAGCUUUUUUUCUUUUGUAAGAGAUUCAUAGGAUUUUUUUUAUUGUGUUUUGCAUUUCAACAUGGUCCAUACAAACGAAGAGAUUAUUUAAUGUUUCUUCAAGUUGAUUUCUGUUCCAGAGCACUGUGUUGUUCACUAUGAUAUUGUUUUUCAGGCCAGUGUGAAAUAGUUUUUAACUAAAACGCAUCCACAUCUAUCCUAGAGACACUAAAUGAAACUCAAUGACAACCAUGACACCUUGCCAACCAGCCCAGAUCAGUCCAGUGGAGAUGUACAUGUCUAGUGUAAACACAUUCUAUUGUAUCUGUUAGAGAAAAUGAGGACGCUACCCAGAAAACACAUAACAUAACAUGAAAGUGCCAUUAAAAACAAACUGUCCCAUAACAAACUGUUCCACAGAAGUUAACUAAACCUUGGAUGAAUUUAUUCUAGUUUUAACAAAGACAAACAUUCGUAAAAUUGGCGGGUUUCGUUAGGAAUUCUGACCAGUGUUUCUAAGCCUUAACUGUAACCAGGCAGAUCAGCCUUAUUUUAGAAGGAGAACCCUUUCUCCUCAUUGAAGGCAAUUCCUUUUCAAUCAUGGUUGAGGGUAUGGCCAAGAAAAGAUCAUACAGAUGCCAUCAAUCAGAUGUCCCAUGUAGCUCAGUUGGUAGAGCAUGGUGCUUGCAACGCCAGGGUUGAGGGUUAGUUUCCCAAGGGGGGCCAG